UGCGCACGCGCGGCCGCGCCCGGCUCCGCCGCUGCCCUCAGGCGCCGGCGCCGCCAUGUCGGAGCGGCUGGCCAAGCCCUCCUGCCUCAUCGUCGCCAGCGCCGCCACCGCGGGUGUUUCAGCCCAGUCCUUCCUUCACUGCUUUACUCUGGCCAGCUCUGCCUUUAACCUGCAAGUGGCAACACCUGGGGGGAAGCCCAUUGAUUUUGUGGAUGUCAACGAGGGCAACGCGCGCUGGAUCCAGGACUUCCGCAUGAAAUCCUACGCCAGCCCCGCCAAGCUGGAGUCCAUUGAUGGGGCUCGGUACCACGCCCUGCUGAUCCCAAACUGCCCUGGGGCCGUGACUGACCUGGCCAACAGCGGCUACCUGGCCAAGAUCCUGCAGCACUUCAGCACUGAGAGCAAGCCUAUCUGUGCUGUGGGACAGGGAGUGGCAGCUUUGUGUUGUGCCACCAAUGAGGAUAAAUCCUGGGUUUUCCAGGGAUACAGCCUGACAGGGCCCUCUGUGUACGAGCUGGUGAGGCAGCCAAAUUUUGCCAGUCUGUCCAUUAUUGUGGAGGAUUUUGUGAAGGAUUCUGGAGCCACAUUCAGUGCCAGCAGCCCAGAUGCUGUCCAUGUGGUGCUGGACAGGCACCUGGUGACAGGACAGAACGAGAAUUCCACCCUUCCUGCUGUCCAGAACCUUCUGAUUCUUUGCAAUGUCAGCAGGAAGUGAAGGAGAAGGUCUGUUUGCAAAGAGGAUGGAUGAGGAGCCAGCAGGCUGAGGAUUUCCAUGGCUGUGACCUGGAUGAAACACCCCUCUGACCCCCUGUCCUGGACUCUGAAGUGACUGUGGCAGUGGAGUGGCAGUGUCACGUGCUGUGUGGAUGGAAUGGAUGAAGGUUGUCAGAAGCAGCUGGGACACCAUGUCCCUUACAUUUUUGCUCCAUUUUCUCACUGCUUCCCUAGACCCUCAGUUUACAGAUGUGGGGAACUGUCUUCUCAAACCCCCCCAAAAGUUGGUGCUGUGAAUACAAAUUGCUGAAGCUGAAGGCCUUGCUCUGGGUUGGCAUUGUGCUGGUGCACAGCCUGCCCUUGUUUUCCUCCUGUUCACAUCGCUGGAAUUGUGUGCAGAAAGUUUGCUCAGCUUUUUUUUUAACAUGGUCCUACAAUUGUUUAUUUGUUCUCCUUUGUGCUGCUUACGUUGUGGGUUUUGUUCUCUUGGAAAUACUCCUCUCUGGGAGUGCACUGCUGCUGUCUCUUGCUGGAAUUUUGUGGAGCAGGGCACUGAAAAAUGCAGGUGGCAAAUGUGGGUCCCAUCUGAGGAACCAGCUGUAGGGUGGAGCCUGGGCUCCUCCUUCCUUCUGAGCUGCAGGUGUGCCUUGAAGCUGAGUGUGGAAAGGAAUAAUAAGACUGAGAUUUAUAAAAAAUUGUUGCAGUCUCAAACAUGUAAAAUUAUUGGAAAGUAAAUAAAUUAACUUUCAGAUAAUUUAUUUUCCUUCCCUCUUGGAGUUGUGGGCAGCAUUUCUCCAGUGCCCUGAAGAAAUGGGGUUGCAUUUUUGUUUUCUUACCAGGAUAUUACAAUAUUUUCAUUCUAACAAGUCAUCAGGUAGGGAAAUUUUUCUGUGUAAAUCUAUUUUUUUUAGCUCUGUCUCAAGAAUUCAUUGUGAUUUUAGAAGACAGACUACUGUGGGUUUAGCUGGGCCUUCUGCUGUUGCAUUCCAGAGCUCAGCUUACACAACUUUGGCAUUGAUGGAAAUUAAAACCGGAAUUUGAAAUGAAAAUUGUGCUUUGAUAGAUAUUAAAUUAUCAAUUUGCUUUGAUAAUUUAAAUCUUCAUUCCUGACAAGCCAUCUUGGGGAUUUGAUGUUGACACCAUGAGGAAAUACCUUCAGCCUGGAAAGCCACAUCUUGUUUGUGAAGUGGGAGACUGUAUUUCCUUAGGGUCUUUGUUUCCUUGGGAUUUUGCCAAAAUUGCUACAUCUUUUCCCUGCUUACCUGUAAAAAUAGAACAUUGGUGUCUACCCUGUGUCCUGUUUUCAUUCCUUAACUGAGGUUCUGUCCAGGCUCAUUCAUCUGCUGCUAGGUGAGCAGACAUGCUUUGUUCAGUCCCAUUGUACAAUUUUUCCUUAUUUUGUGACAUCCAGGACCUGCUGGAAUUGCUCUGCUUGUGCCUCUGUCAGGAGGUUGGACAAAGCACACUGCCUGGGGGCUUGAUGGUGUUUUCUUUUUCCUCCCAUAUGAGAGCAGAAAAAAGAUGACUUCCUGUGUGUAUUUUCACUUUCCCAUCACACAUCCACUUUUAUCUCCUCAGCCAUGAAGUUCUUGGGAAAACUGGGGGAGAAAGGUGUGGUUGGGCAGCAGGUGGCUGGAGAGGUGACGUGUGCAGGUGGCUCUGGAUGUGGUGGGCUGGGUUGUGUCACCCUCACAAGUCAUGCUGACAAACUGGAAGCCACCUGAGUCAUAGAUUCAUGGGAUUUAGGCUGGAAAAGAGCUUUUAAGGUCAAGUCCAAGCAUCAGUGCAGCACGUUCACCACUCAGCACCAUGGGUAUCACAUCCAUGUGUUUUCUGAACCCUUCCAGGGCUGGUGACUCCACCACUGCCCUGGGCAGCCUGUUCCAGUGCUUGAGGUCCCUUUCCAUGAAAUUUUCCCUACUAUCCAACCUAAACUUCCCCUAGCACAACAUGAAGCCAUUAGUGAUGAUAGCUAUUAAUUUCUUGUACAGUAUGACCAAUUUUAUCCAGGGAUUGGAAAAAAAAUGUUCAAAAAACUGGGAAAAGAAGAUCAAAUGAACAUAGGAAACACAAAGUUGUUGAAUGUCAUCCAGGCAGAUGUGGAGGUACCUGCUAGAAGCAUCAGAGUGCCCCUGGAGCACAUGGAGCAGGAUGAAUCCAAAGGGAUGAGGAGUUUUCUUGGAUGUUGGCUCACAGCUGUAAAGGAGCACUGCUGUCCUGCACCCCACAAAGGAUUUCUUCUCCCAAAAAGAGGACAGCCACCAUCCCUAAGCUCUGCUUUCCUGUACCCCGUUUCAGGAAUGGAGGAGGUGCUGGGAGCAGCAGUGUGUCUCCCUUAGCACAGUGUGUGAUGGGAGGAAGGAAAAGCUUUUCCAACCCCCCUCCAAGCUUUGUGUGUUUGCACAGAGCUGGAUGUUGAAAUCAGAGAGCAUCCACCAAAGGAAAGGUUGGGAAAGGUGCUGUCAUUUUAAAAUCAAUGCUUUGAAGUUUAUCUAUUUAUUCUUUGGGAUUUCUCCAAACAUCUGUGUUGUAUCUGCCCCCCUAAUUCCUGAGUCCUGUCCUUGUGGCUGUGAGAGCCACAGACCUUCCUGAGAGACAGGAGACAUCUCCUGAUUUCUUAAUCUGAGGAGGUAUGGAGAUCUGGGAAAUCCCAGGAGUUUGUAAGCAGGGCACAGACAGGGCCCUGGGAGAGAUCCCUCCAUCUGCAGAAGAAAGGGGAAGCUGAGGAAGAGUUAAGGAGUGAACUUUGUGUGACUGACUAAAGAGCGGUGCAAGCUGAAGGUAGAUGUGGUGCUUGGGGUUUUUUUUCAUUUCAGAAAGGAUGUGGGCUCUGUGGCUUAGCACAGGCACCUCACAACAUCCAUCUGUGCUGCAGAGAAAGAACCCCAGUGCUGGGAGGAAACACCUGCUGCCACCACAGGAAGGAAGGGAUCCUGUGACUGACCCCGUGACCCCUCUUGCCUCCUCAGCUCUUGAGAGGCAUCUGUUGGACUGAAGACCUAAUAAGGAAUUUGAAGAUUAAAAUCCUAUCAGAUGUCUUCUGCAGCAAUGAAUUGACCAUAUUACAAGGCAAGUCGGUUUUAAUUUGCAUGUAUUGACAAAAGUGCCACAAAAAUUUUAAAUUCCAUUUGUCCCUUUGCAAAUUGAUUAAAAAAAAAAAAAGCAUGGUACAGAAAUCUAUCCAUACACAGCAUGAUACUUGUACAGGUAAGACAUUUGUACAUCCACUGAACCUCAGGUGAUCCAUCUCAGCU